AUGAGGGCGCUAGAACAAAGCAGAUCCGACGAAGGUCAUUUGCAGAACACUGUUCCUUCAGGGAGUUUCUGGAAUAGCCAAUUGUCUUUCUCUAGACAACUUGAAUUUUGGGAACAGGUAAUUAACCUGUCUCGUAGCCUCAGGCAUGAAAGUCGGUCGCAACAGAAAUACUUUAACUACGCCGACACGUCGCGGAAGGUGGAAGUUGUAUUAGAAUGUCCUAGUGACAUUAAAGCUGCUAGAGCACAGUAUCAUGUCUUGCAAAACCGAAAAAAGCUUCUAUUCUGUGCUGGGCAAUCGCCCAUCGUAGAGAUGAGUCCGUCAAACCCAGCCUUGUUGGGUCUGCCUCUUGGAGAUGCCGUCGAGUGCUGGCUGAAAACAACUGCGAUUCUCAUCAUCUAUCAGGCUUCGCAAACGAAGCAAGCCAUGGACAUCGCAGCUCUGCGCGCGAUCUGCGACCGAUGCAUACAGCUCGCCAGCAAUGCUCCCCUCUCGCUAUGGUUCAUAUUCUUGCUAUCCACACUUACAGGUGCCAUUCUUACCGGAUAUACUCUACUUUUUAUCGUAGCACCAUCCCCCCGCCCUCCUCUUCCCCAAGAGAAAAACUACAAAACGAUUUCUGAAGAUGGAUCAAUUACGGAACCACUAUUGCUACCUUGCUGGCAAGAUAGCCAGGGAGCCUCCCCAGCAAAUGAUGCGAAAGCCAUAGAGAAGGCGGAGUUGUUCAUGUCAGUUGUUGUCCCCGCCUACAACGAAGAAGAUCGACUGGGCGGGAUGCUUGUAGAGGCGGUGAAUUAUCUUGAGAAAACAUACGGAAUAUUGUCAGAGCAACAGCAAAGCAAGCCACUGAGUAGAGAAGAGGCAGAAUCAGGAGGGACCCGUUUCCGUAAACACAACGAGAAUGAAAGCAUCCGUGCGGCUCCGCCAUCAAAAGGUUGGGAAAUCCUGAUCGUAUCAGACGGUUCAACCGAUUCAACCGUAGCAACCGCACUGGCUUUUGCUAGAGACCAUCAACUCUCCCCGCACUCGAAGAGCCACAUCGGGCCCUGGACAACGGCGUCCAACGCAAAAGUUGUACCCAUCCCACCAGGGUCAAUUCGAGUCAUCACCCUUGCGCAGAACAGAGGCAAGGGUGGCGCUGUCACGCAUGGCAUGAGGCAUGUACGGGGCCAGUAUGUGAUCUUUGCAGAUGCAGAUGGUGCCAGUCGUUUCGAUGAUCUUGGGAAGCUAGUUGCAGCCUGCCAGCGGGUUGAAGAUGCCUCUUCUCGCGGUAUUGCAGUUGGAUCUAGAGCACAUCUAGUUGGCAGUGAAGCUGUUGUCAAGCGAUCCAAACUCCGCAACUUCCUCAUGCACUCCUUCCACCUGAUCUUACGCAUCCUCACACCACCCGCAACCGCUGCCAUAAAGGAUACCCAGUGCGGCUUCAAGCUCUUCUCGCGCGCCUCACUACCCUAUAUCAUACCCCACAUGCACUCUGAAGGCUGGAUCUUCGACGUUGAAAUGCUCAUGCUUGCUGAAUUCUCAGGGAUCCCCGUGGUCGAGGUGCCUGUGGGCUGGCGGGAGGUGAAAGGGAGCAAAUUGAAUGUUAUAUGGGAUAGUUUUGGGAUGGCGUGGGGGUUGGCUGUAUUGCGGGCAGCUUGGGGAUUUGGCGUUUAUAGAAUGAAUUGA